UGUAACUUCCACCAACAGCUGCAGAAAUCGACGGAGUGAGUAGACACACAAAUCACGGAGACACACCGAAACACAGCGAAAAUGGAGUGGACCCCAAUGGAAAUCAACCCCGAGAUGCUGAACAAGGUAAGAAACAAACGGUUGGUGACGUAACGGUAACUGUUUGGUUCCACCGUCAGGUAAGUUUUAGAUUAGCUAGCUUAUAAGGGCAGUUUAACCGUAAGUGAGACGACCGUUAAAUUCAGGCCCCCACGUUGCAGACACGCCAUUAAAACAAAGAUAAUAUGGCUAUCGUGAACUGUAACGUUAAAUGUAAAAAAGUGGUAGUCAUGUAGGAAAAAACAGGAUACAUCUGAUUUCAUGAGCGGCAGCCUCAUCUCCAGUGUCUAGGUUACAGGGUGUGGUCUGGCUGGAGCAGCACAACGCAGCAUCUUCCCUCAGAGGGGAUCAUGUAUAAACGUCGCCUCUGAAAUAUCAACUCUUUCACAUCCAUUCAAGCUAUAGCAUUUUGUUUAUUGUCCUUGCGGUGUGUUUCAGAUGAUGAGCAAGCUAGGCGUGGGUGAGAGCUGGCGCUUCGUUGAUGUGCUGGGGCUGGAGAGUGAGCAGCUGUCCGCCGUCCCAAAGCCAUGCUGUGCCCUGAUGCUGCUCUUCCCACUGACACAACAGCAUGAGUCUUUCAGGAAGCAGCAGGCAGACAAGGUUUCAGAUAGCUCUGAGGUUUAUUUCCUGAAGCAGACAGCAGCCAAUUCCUGUGGCACCAUCGCCAUGCUGCAUGCUGUGGCCAACAACAAAAGCAAACUGACAUUUGAAGGUGACUCAGCCCUGAAGAAGUUUCUAGAUGAGACUGCAAACAUGUCUGCUGAUGACCGUGCAAAACAUCUGGAGAAGAACCAGGCAAUCUAUGAGGCUCACAAUGAGGUUGCAGUGCAGGGCCAGUGCAGGCCGGAAGCUGACAAAGUCAACUUCCACUUUAUUGCCUUUGUCAAUGUAAAUGGACAGCUUCAUGAAUUUGAUGGACGAAUGAAUGGACCAGUGAAGCAUGGAGAUACCAAAGAUGGGUCGUUUAUAACGGAUGCUUCUAAGGUGUGCCGUGGAUUCAUGGAGAGAGAGCAAGGCGAGGUCCGUUUCUCUGCGGUGGCUCUCUGCCAGAGUUAAAUUUUCGGUAGGCCACACAACCAAAUUGUAAACCAAAAUGUCCUGAAACAUUCACAUGGCCAACACAAUCAUUAGGCACCCAGAACAACCUGUGAACACACACAUCUGCAGACACUAUGCACUAUAAAGCACAUAUUGUUGCCACAUAAUGUACUUUCAUCUCAUGAACAAAGCAUUCUUUAGCACAUGGACACAAACACAAGGACACCAUCAAACCCUGAUACAAGCUAGCUAAACCUUUUUAUGUGCUAUCAUUCAGCAAUGGGAAUUAUAAAACAUGAAGUUAGAACUCGCCUCACCACUGCUUCUGUGUGUCUUUUUUGCAACUUGUUUUGUAUGUAUUCAUUGGUGCAUCUGUGUCUUAACUCUCAACACUGAUGCUUACAUAAAUACCUUUUGUGCCAAUAACUAGGAUAAAGAAUAGUGGGAAGGAAAAGGCAGAAAACAUUGCCUGUUUUUCGGAAUGCAUUUAGUUGCUGUGUGGUUCAGUUUAUAAGGAUCUGACAUUCCUCAGAACAGCCCAAAUGUAGGAAUAAUUUAACCAUUGUUAUGAGAAUGCAUGCAACCCUGGCUUUGAGUGGUCUUUGUUCUUGGGUGAUACUUCUCUGUUAAAGGUUUUUUUGAAGAUUUUCUUUGAUCCUUUUUCAAAUUUAAGCUGCAAAUUGGAAGUGUUGGAUUCCAGUUGUUAACCUAUGUUUUCAGAAAAUGUAAAAAUAGAAUUUUGCAUGCACUUUAUUUUAAAAUGGUGUUUCACUUAAUGUAAAAAUAGUCAAAUACACUGUGGGUUGACAAGUUUGACACAUAAAAAAAACUUUAAAACACUAUAGCAAUCAUCAAAAGUGCUGUUCUAUGUUGGGGUGUUGUUGAGCUGGCUGUGCUAAUUGUUUAUCUUCCUGCACUGUUUCAAUACUAUGUUGCUGUACUUCUGUUGGUGAUGCAGCUGUGGGAAUUCAAUAAAGCAACAUUAGACUUAAA